GCCAUGCGUAGCUUUUCCCACCAGCAUUUUGCAAUAAGACGCGCUAGCCUAGUCCAGUUACUCAUACUUGUUAGUCUAGCCUUCUAGCUCCGGGGGACCCAGCUUCCCACCGUCUCAACCAUCUCGCUUCGUGCAGCAUUUCUAGCACCCCACUGCUCACCGCUACCCUCAUCGCGAGUGCACCCACGCGUCCUGCGAACCGUUUCCCGCGCCCGCUGCGCCUCCAAGCUUCCUACCGCUGCCCAUUACCCACUUUCCGCCCCCCUCGGCGCUGGUUGGCUGCAAAACGGGACCCGCUUCCCGCUAUUUCCCGCUUCGCGCAGCCCAUGCGAACCGCAUCGACUCGCCCACCUUCCCAUGCCACCAUGUCGUUGCUUCCCGCAGCGACUCGCUCCCCAGAGCCCGCUGUGCAGCCCUUCCUCGCUUCCCGCUGCCUUCCCGAUUCCCGGUUCCUGCAAGCUCUGCGCUUGCGGAAUGUUUGGCGCCGUUCGAUAGGCGCGGGGACAGAGAUGGAGAGAGGGGCGACGAAUAGAGGAGAGAGAGGGGGGUGGAUAGGAGGCGCGUGAAGAGGGAGGAAAUGAGCUCGCUUCCCACAGCAUCUCAUUGCAGUGCAACGACUUUUGGGACUGUUCUGUGCUCCGGUCCCAAGGCUCCAGUCCUGUGCUCCAGUCCCAAGGCUCCAGUCCUGUGCUCCAAACCCCCUGUCCAUACCCUCGCCAUACAUGUUUUUGGAAUAUCAUAACGUUAUUGUUAUUAUCUUGUUGAAUUCCACCAGCGAUUCAGACCGUUAUGAGGUUGAGCAAGCAGUGCCAAGUAUCA